ACACACACGCGCACACACACAGUCCAAACCCCCAGGAAAGACCCGCUGAAUCCUCACACCGUCUGUCAGCAUGGGGAGCGCUUGUUUUUCCCGGGACGUUUGUUUGUUUAUCCUCCUCAUAAAUACUUGCAGGGUGAUGGGGAAUGUCGGACUCUCAGAUGCAGACGAGUGUGCAGAGGGUUCAGAUGACUGCCACAUUGAUGCCCUGUGCCAGAACACGCCAAAAUCCUACAACUGCAUCUGCAAGCCGGGCUACAAAGGAGAUGGCAAGCAGUGUGAGGACAUGGAUGAGUGUGAAAACGAUUACAACGGGGGCUGUGUCCAUGAAUGCAUCAACAUACCAGGGAACUACAGGUGCACCUGCUACGAUGGAUUCAUGCUGGCCCAUGAUGGACACAACUGCAUGGAUGUGGACGAGUGUCGGGACAACAAUGGUGGAUGUCAACAAGUCUGUCUCAACACCAUGGGGAGCUAUGAGUGUCAGUGCACCCAUGGCUUCUUCCUCAGUGACAACCAGCAUACCUGCAUCCACCGCUCUGAUGAUGGGAUGAACUGCAUGAACAAGGACCAUGGCUGUGCCCACAUCUGCAGAGAGGCUCCGGGCAAAGGCGGGGUGUCGUGUGAAUGCCGCCCUGGCUUUGAGCUGGCCAAAAACCAGAAAGACUGUACAUUGACGUGUAACUAUGGAAAUGGGGGUUGUCAGCACUCUUGUGAUGACACAGACACCGGGCCAGUGUGCGGCUGCCAUCAGAAAUACGCCUUGCACUCAGACAGCAAGACCUGCAUUGAGAAAGAUGAGGCUGCAAUUGAGAGCUCUGAGUUCAAUGCCACGUCAGUAGCUGAUGUGGACAAGCGGGUGAAACGGCGGCUACUUAUGGAGACCUGUGCCGUGAACAACGGCGGCUGCGAUAGGACAUGUAAAGACACAGCCACAGGGGUGCGCUGCAGCUGCCCCGUGGGAUUCACCCUGCAGCCUGAUGGCAAAACAUGCAAAGACAUCGACGAAUGCCAGGAGAACAACGGAGGCUGCGAUCACUUCUGCCGGAACACAGUGGGCUCCUUUGAAUGCAGCUGUCAGAAAGGCCACAAACUGCUCACAGACGAACGGUCGUGCCAAGACAUUGACGAAUGCUCCUUCGAGAGAACCUGCGACCACACCUGCAUCAACUACCCUGGCAGCUUCGAGUGCUUGUGCAACAAGGGAUACAUCCUGUAUGGCCUCACUCACUGUGGAGACAUAGAUGAAUGUAGCAUCAACAAUGGGAGCUGUGAGUUUGACUGCGUAAACAGUCAGGGCGGCUACGACUGUGUGUGUCCACCUGGACAGAAACUCCAUUGGAACAGGAAAGACUGUAUCGAGGUGGUGAAAUGUCUGCCCAAUGGGAAGCCAGCACCCCGAGCUCAACUGACCUGCACUAAAAAUGGUGGGGCAGAAGUCUGCUCACUCUCCUGCCCCUCCAAUGCCCUCUUCCUUGCAGACUCAGAGAACAGCUACACACUGAGCUGCGGGGUGCCAGUUCAGCCUGUUAAAGCUCCUCAGAAGAGGAAUACCACCACUGCCUUACCCUCCUGUGCCGACACACUGGCGCCGCCCAUCAAACAGAAGGCCAGGUUUAAGAUCAAAGAUGCCAAGUGUCACCUGAGGCCCCGCAACAAGGAAAAGCACAGAGAUUCAUCCAAGCAGAACCUGCAAGGAGGCCACUUCCCCUGCACUGAUGACUGCCAGGUAACCUUCGUCAACCUCAAGUGCGACUCAUCUAAGAAGCGUCGGCGAGGACGCAAAUCGCCUUCAAAAGAGGUUUCCCACAUCACAGCCGAGUUUGAGAUGGAGAUGAAGGAGGAGGAAGCCUCAGACUCGUGUAAUGUGGACUGCGUGCGGGAGAGGAUGAAGCAGAAGUUGCAGAGCGCCAUGCGGACACUCAGGAAGUCCAUCAACAAACAGCAGUUCUACAUCCAGUUCUCUGGGACCGAGUACGAGGUGGCUCAGAAACCAUCCAAAGUACCGGAGGGAGCUGAGGCCUGCAGCACCGGACACGUCUUUAGAGAGGGAAAGUGUGCGAGCUGUGGUGUGGGGACGUUCUACAGUGGAGAGCAGGAGCAGUGUGUCCAGUGUCCCUCUGGCACAUACCAGGACACGGGGGGUCAGCUGUCCUGUGAGCCAUGUCCCAGUACUGACGGACAGGGUGUUGCUGGAGCCAAGAACGUGUCUCAGUGUGGAGGUCAGUGUCCAGCGGGUCAUUUCUCGCCUGACGGAUUUCGCCCGUGCCAGCAUUGUCCGCUUGGCUCCUACCAGCCUGAACCAGGCCGAGUGCUGUGCUUUACCUGUGGAGGAGGCCUCAUGACCAAGUAUGACGGAUCAGUCUCUUUUAGGGACUGUGAGGCCAAAGUGCACUGUGCUCCUGGACAUUACUACAACUCCACUACCCACCGCUGCAUCCGCUGCCCAGCAGGAACCUACCAGUCGGACUUUGGGCAGAACUACUGCAUCACUUGCCCCGGGAACACCACCACUGACUUUGAUGGUGCCACCAAUGUCUCCCACUGCAAAAACCAACUGUGCGGAGGUGAGCUGGGGGAGUACACAGGCUACAUCGAGUCUCCUAACUACCCUGGAGAUUAUCCGUCGAAUGUGGACUGUGUCUGGACCAUCAACCCACCACACAAGAGGCGGAUCCUCAUUGUGGUACCAGAGAUCUUCCUCCCCAUUGAGGACGAGUGUGGAGACGUGCUGGUCAUGAGGAAGAGUGCCCUUCCCACCUCCAUCACCACCUACGAGACGUGUCAGACCUAUGAGCGGCCCAUCGCCUUUACCUCUCGCUCUCGCAAGCUCUGGAUCCAGUUCAAGUCUAAUGAGGGGAACAGUGGCAAAGGCUUCCAAGUUCCGUAUGUCACCUACGAUGAGGACUACCAGCAGCUGAUAGAGGACAUAGUGCGAGAUGGCAGGCUUUACGCCUCUGAGAACCACCAGGAGAUCCUGAAGGACAAGAAGCUGAUCAAAGCCUUGUUUGACGUGCUAGCCCACCCCCAGAACUACUUCAGGUACACGGCUCAGGAGUCCAAAGAGAUGUUUCCUCGCUCCUUCAUCAAACUGCUGCGCUCCAAAGUGACCAGAUUCUUAAGGCCGUACAAAUAGACAGGGCCUCCCUAUUGUCCUGUUAAAGACCCCCCCCCGUCAUCCUGCGUCAUUCCAGAUCCAGUUACUUCUCCCCUGUCUCUAAAUUUCUGAUGUACCCAUCCAUGACUUAAUGUUUCAUCCCUCCAUUCGAUUGGUCCUCAACUCUGUUGGUCACAUGUUGCCUUUCCUCAUCUUUGACCCAUUUAAGUAGUAAAACAUUAUUAACUGAUACCCCUCCCUACAGUGCGUGCAGAUUUUCCUAUAAGGUUUGACUGAUAAGGGUUUUUGAAGGCCAGUAUUGAGUUUUAUAAGGUAGUAGAAGAAACCGGAUAUAUUUUAUGUGUAUAUAUUGUUUCUUUGAAUUUGACCAUUUUAUACGUAUAAGUAUCAAUUUUUCUUUUCUCAGAUUAGUAUGUUACAGGUUUGUGGCUCAGGCAGCGAGGGUACAACAUCUUGCAAUAUUGGUAGGGACUCUUCAAAUUGAAUAUUAAAUUUAGACGCAGCACAGUCUUAGGUCUGAGGUGAGAUAACAUAUCAAACAACACCGCAUUAGCUGAAGAAAAAAAGUAUUCAAUUCAAUUCAAUUUUAUUUGGAUUAUCUCAAGGCACUUUACAAAGAACAAACCUACAGCAGUCAGAUUUAGUAUAUUGAAUUACAAGGAAACUCUUCAAAUAAAACACAUUUGAUGUAAUGUUUUACAGACAUGUCGUGUAGCUGUAGUCAGUGCACCAGAUCAGUAGUGGACCUCUGUGACUGAUUCAUAACAGAUAUGGAAUUUGCCAUUAAGUGUUGCUAGUUUUGAUUAUUUUUUAAAGCUUCAAUUACAAAUGUUGGCUCACAAUCAAACCAAAAAGAAUAAAUACUUGUACAGUGAAGGAAUAGUUCCACAUUUUUCAGAAAAUGUGCUUGCCAGCUUUCUUGCUGAUGAUUCAAUCAAUCUCAUUUCCGUUCAGUAGUCAUAAAACUACAACCAGCAUCUCGACAAUUCACUGAUUAUCGUGGUGUAACUUCUUUGUUUCGUAUGUGGAAAAGAAAAGAAAGAAAAAUGUGGAAAUGGUAAAUUUGAGGGUCGGUGGGUGAUUUGCUGUUUCUUGGGUGCAAGGACUCCUGGUCCAAUCCUGGUUCUCAUGAAAGCAGUUCUUUUUGGACCUACAGGUAGAGCCAUGCUGGCUUUUCCUCCCCCAGUCGUCUCCCGGCUCUAGCUUCAUAUUUAACACCCAGGUAUUAGAGUGGUAUUGAUCUUCUCGUCUAACUCUUAGCAAGAUCACAACUUUCCCAAAAUGUUGAACUUAUCCUGUUAAAAUUGCAUACUAUUAAUCUGUAAAGGCUCAAAAAAGUAAUUAAUUAAUGCUUUCCUAAAGUCAUUAUAGUGGCAGAAGUGUUAAGGUAAAGUGGCACUUCAGUAUGUCAAGAAAAAAGGCCACUGUUAGCAAACCUAUAUUUCAGUCAAACCCUAUCUCUGCACCCCAGAUAUGUAUUCCUCUUGUCUGUUAACUUUCCCCAGAUUUCUUGACCUUCUCUACCUGUCUUCUUUCCCCCCCCAUCCGCCUCUCUCUUUUUAUUUUGUUCUGCUUUAUUGUUUUGGUUUGUUGUUUUGAUUUUGUAAUAUUUAUACUCGACAUGUCAGAACUUGCAGAGGCCCACAUCACAGACAUUAUAGACACAGCAUACAUACAUGUAGGAUAUGGAUGUCUGUGUGGAGAUAAACAGGUGUACAUGCCCACACAGAGUGAAUGGAUUUAUCCUGGGUUUAAUUUCUGUAUUGGUCCUGAUGUGCAUGAGACAGUGAUGAAAAAACAAUCGGUGCACUUAAAACACAUUUUAAGAUGGAAAAUAUAUUGAAAGAAAUGCAAACCAUUCCACCUCUGUGGGCGCUCUAUCCAUCGGAGCACAGGGAAAGAUUACAUGGGAUGAAUCUGAAAGUCUAUAUUGUAAUUUUUUUUAAUAUAAAAGAUAUAUAACAAGAUGAGAUAAACUACCUGCAAGUAACAAGAAUGUUACUUUAGAGAGAAAUGUCUGUGAUGUAACUAAUAUUUGGAACUUUAAUUGCACUUGAAUUUUAUAUGUUAAACUGUAGGGAAAAAAGAUCUAAGUUGCGUAUUUGUUACCUUUUUUUUGGUGUUGUUUUGAAAUGUGCCACAUGUGGCAGCGGUGAGAGAGAAAGACAGCUGUCUCCUGUUGUUGCUCCCACUCUGUAGCUUGCAGUUCCCCCAAAUCUCUCUGUUACAGCAGCUGCAAACCCCAUUCAUGCACAUAGCGAGGACACAUUCAGACUGAAGUAUCAACAUCUCACAACCUCACAGACUGUAUGUUGAACCGAAACACACAGAGAAAACACAUUUACUCUGCAUUGUCAAACUUGCCACCACCACUAGACUUUGUUUUCCCAUGGCCCAGUCCUGUUUCACCCCUCAAACACUUACCUAUAGCUGCCAGAGAGAGGAAGCAGCACCAUCAAGGCUUCUUGUAUGAUGGCACCACAUACAUACUGUACUACAGUAUAUGCACUACCUGUUUUAAAAAACAACAACUGUGUGCAUCCACCAAGAUGCACUCUCUUUCCAUUAAAUAGGUGUGUAUACUAUGCUUUUCUUUUAUAACCCAACUAAAUGUUUUCGUGUCGUUCCCAUAGGUACUUAUAUGUCUAUGAAAUCCUAUACUGCAUAUUGAAAAUGGACUCUAUAUCUGCACAAUGUGACUGGAGUUAAAAAAACAUGUACAGUGUGAGUUGAGUGUUGGUCUGGAGGUCAAUUUAGUGACAGGGACACAGUCGGAAUACGAGGCUUCUCCUGUCUGAGUG